GGGUGUGUCCGAGGACUGAAACGAAAGUAAAACUAUUACUCGCUAUACGAUUUACGCGGAAUCAUCGGGGCUAAAAAUCAGUACGUGUAUGAAAGAUCAUAACUUGACUGUAUAAUGGAGCCUUACGAAAACCAAAAACGAAGGAAUAUUGUACAGGAAAGACCUGCUAAAAAGCCUUACAAUGGCUUGAAAAAUCAAGGUGCAACGUGCUACCUGAACUCUAUACUGCAGUGUCUCUACAUGACCGAAGACUUCCGACAAGAAGUAGAAAGAUUUGUACCAGAUCAAAGAAACCAUGCUAAGGAAAGUUUGAUGCAAGAACUGCAGAAGCUCUUUAAAGAGAUGAAGAAAGGUGAUUGUAAGAUUGAAGGGAUAACUCGAAUGUUGGGUAUAACCAAUGUCUAUGAACAGGAGGACGUAGUAGAAUACUAUCAGAAAACUCUAAAAGCAAUUGGACAACAAAGUUCCAAGAUAUUUGAAGGGAAAAUGAGCAACAAAACGAAAUGUAUAAAAGAUCAUAUAUUUGAAGAGGAGUGUCACUUUUUCACGAUCCCUUUAUCCAUAGAAGUUGAACACAACGAGGUCUUCAAAGUGCACAAUGGAUUACACACUUUUCUUGAACGGAUAAAGUUAGAUGAAGACAACUGGCUGUAUUGUAAACAAUGUGGACAAAAAAAUGAAACAGAGACUUGGAAUGAAAUCAAGGAGCUUCCUAAAAUCCUGACCCUGUACCCAAAGAGGUUUUACUUUGACUACUACAAGAUGAGGCCUGUGAAGAAUCACUGUCCCAUGGACAUUCCCCUGCAACUUGUGAUGAGUCCGAAUUUGAAAUAUGAGCUUUAUGCAGUUAUCAACCACAUAGGAAAUGAACGUGGAGGGCACUACAAUGCUGUCAUCAAAUCCUUUGAGGAUGGUAAAUGGUACUGUUUUGAUGACACUUCUGUCAGAGAGGAUUCAGAGAGCUCUUUCAGACUUUCACAGCAGGCUUAUUUGCUCAUGUACAGAAAUGUAGAGGUAGAUAGGCUGAGCCCAGAUGAGAAAUCAACCAACGAGUACUAUGAGCUGUUCACUACACUGCUGCAGAGGAUCCAACACUUUAUCUCUGUGUUUAAGGAGAGCAAGUUCCCCUCCAAUUAUAAGGAAACUGAGAUCCUAUGUCACCAGUUUCUUGAUUUUAAGAAGAAACAUCUGCUUGAAAUUGAGGCUUAUAAAAAACAUUGUUACAAGACCUUUGAGGUUGCUGUGCAGGCUGGACAGAUUAAGGUUCAUCCCAGUUAUCACACCACCAAUGUGGAGGAGAAGUGGUGUCUACUACAAACAGCCAUAAUUGAGCGAGAGAGACUGCUCACAAAGGAGUUUAAACGGGUGUACUAUUUCCAUCACCAUCUGUUAAAACAGUGCAGGGGGUUCAGUGUACCCCUAACACAGCCAGAGCUGGAUAAAGCCAAGAUAUGCUACAUCCAGGACCUGUUGGUCUGGCUGGAGAAUAAACAAAUACAAAUACAAAACAUGGAGUGGGGAGCAGAUCUACAGUCCAAUGGAUUCCAUCUGGGUAUCACACUACAUCAGUCUAUCAUAGACUUCAAAUCCAACAUUGACCAUGCUCAUGCAGAUGAGAUUCCCACAAAUAGACAAGCAUACAGAUCUUAUCUGGACGAGCUGGACAUAAAGUACAAAAUACUUCUGGAGCUUCAUAAGACUAAGAAGAACUUGAAGCAGUGCCAUCAUAACUUCAUGAGCAAUAGACAGGACUCUGAGCCAGGACUCUCGGAUGAGUGCAAGCAGGCUGAUUACAAUAACCUGCCUCAAUCACUGGAACAAGCAGAGCAUGAUGAGUCUGUGUGUAAGAGUUACAUCACUCGAAUUAAAAGCUUAAGGCUGAGCCUGCUGAAUUAUGGGACAUAUAUUAUCAGCUGCUUCAAGCAGACAGCUUUUUCCCAGGACACCAGUAAACAAAAGGAAAUUCAGACUAUGUUGGAGAAUAUGAAGAAAGAAUUUGAUGCACUGACUGAAGCAACACUGACUUCUGCUCAGCAGUCCACCUGGGAAUAUAAUCUCCUUUGCUGGGAGAUUGACUUCACCGCAAAGGAGCUGAAGCAUGUUUACUUGCUCUUCUCUGACUACUGCAAGGCAAUGGGUUUUUACUUAAAAGAACAUAGCACACAAGAUACCGGAGAUGUUCACAAGACAAAUGAGAACCAGCUGUCUGAUGUUCUCAAAGUUCAUGCAAAUGAGAAAGAGAUGGCAUCCAACCAAGAACUGCUAACGACAUGAAAAGCUCAAGACUGAGUAGACUCAGAGUGGUAGACACCACUCCUAACAGUUUUUCAUGUGAUUAAAUAGACCAAUAGCUUUUUAUGUUUAAUUUGCUAAUUUUCAUGAAUGGUGCAACGCUUUGUUGUAAUAUUAUAGAUUUCUGUUCAGAAUGGAAAGUAAUUUAUUUAGAUGUUACACAGAACAAGUAAACAAUUUAUGAAAUGACUACGUUUUAUUAAUUUU